UAAGGUAGUGGUGUCCCAGUUUAGGGUCGUUCUGUUUCAUUCUCUGUGGUGCUCCACACAGGAAACGCUCCGUGGCACUUGUCAGCACUGAAAUAUUGAACAUGGUUCUGCUUAAACUGCUAUUGACUUUAAUGUUUUAUGAACUCAUUGUUGAUUUGGAUGCUCAGACUUGUCCAAAAGGUCAAAGAAUUUAUCGUCGCAGAAACAGCGGAAACAUAAACUGUGAAAACUGUCCCAAUGAGUAUUAUCAGCCUGUAGAGAAUCAUUCCCAAUACUGCAAACCAUGUACAAGGUGUGAUACCGCAAAGGGAAGUGUUGUUAAAGAGAAUUGCACGAAAAUGACAAACAGAAAAUGUCAGUGCCGUGGACAAUUUGUUCCCUCAGAGAACGAUUCUUCCAUUUGCAAAUGCGACAUUGGAUUUGGACUAAAGGAUAAAGAAUGUUUAAUGUGUGAUCAAGGAUAUUUCAGCACGCAAAUCAACUCGCCCUGUGAAAAAUGGAGAGAAUGUAAAUCAGGAGUGAAAAUUCCUGGAACCAGAACCUCAGAUGUCAUCUGUAAUCCGGAGUUGAACCCUAACGACAUUACACCCCCCACAUCAAACAAAAAUGUGUCUUUAAUCGCACGGUUAACAACCAAGCAUCCACUUGAGGGGGCCCAAACUCAGAGGAUGCACACUACCACCACCACCACCACCACCACCAAUACCACUGCGGCUCCUCCAGCACACACAAGCCCCUCAAGGGACCACCCUUCAGACACAGGCAACUACAUUGAUAUAGGUAUGGCCCUCCUCAUAUUUGGAAUUAUUGGACUGCUUGUACUGACUGCUGUGACCUGCAAGCUGCACAUUACUCCUCAACCAGCAGUACUACCAAAAAAUGACUCAUUGUGUCGGAGGCCAGUUGAGGAAAGCGGCGAUGGCAGUCUGUCCUCUCUCAAACUGUAUCCAGGGGAUCACUGUGGUGAUGAAUCUGUCAACUAAGACUGUGAAUUUUUACAUUGUCAUGUGAAUCGUUUCCAACUGAUAACUUAUAUUGUCCUUACAUUGCUGGUUUUUCAUGAACAAAAACAUCAGAAAAACUAUUUACUGUAUCUGUAUUGUAGCAGAUGUAUUCACAAACUGCAGUGUGGUCUUAAUACUUUAGUUUUUUGUUGUAUAGAAUAUUGGGCGAAUUAUGUAAAAGAUUUGUCUAAAUCAUACCUCACUUUUGGCCAUUUAACUGUAGACUAAUUUAAAGUAAAAUAGUAACAGGUAACAGUAAGGAUGUAAAAAUAGAUGUUUUGCUUUCUUAAUUAAGAUAAUUUUGCUUAACAAGUCACUUUCUGUGUGACAUUAAUAUUUAAUACUAAUUUGGAUAUGGAUAACCUCAGAGAUCAUGCCACUAAAUACCUUAGUAUUUUAUAUUAAAGUAACAAUCCUUAAGACUCUUGCUAAAGUGCACAUAUAUACAUAUAUUUUUGAUGCUUUUUUUUAAACCUUAUGAUGUUAUACAAUGUAAUAUGGUUUAAUGGGGCAAGUGACAAGUUUCUGAUAAAUAUACAGUAAAGGUAACAAUCAAUACAAUUGAACAAUUAACAGUUGGAGAGCCUUAGAAAAACAUUUUACUUUCUUCUCUAUUUUUGGUCAUGUUUUGUUUAUUCAGUUCUGUUCCACUGGUAGCAGAGCUGUAAAGCUGAGAACAGUAAAAAAAAAACAUGCUCUCAGUGGUGUGUGGGGUUGGGGGAUUUUCCCUUGUGGAGUUAAAUGUGCCUCUUUUCCCACUGAGAGGUACUUCCUCUCAUGUUUUCGUCUCAGCAGUUGGAAAGAUUGAUGUUGUUAAUGUGAAUAAUUUCAUGUUGUUCACUUCACUGGAGACUUUCCCCAAAUCAACCAGUACAGUCAAAGGAGUUAUGAAAGCAUGCCCUCAUUAUGUAUUCACUUAGGUUUCGCUAAGACAUCAGAUUAAAAGUAGAAUAGUAGAAUAUAUUUGGAAAAAGCUGCAGUUUGGUUCCAACUCAUUGAUUCCUUUGACAGCGCCCUCUGUUGGAAUACUUCAGGGGGAAAAAAUAAACUUCUUAUUUAUAUUCUGUUGCAAGUAAAAGUCCUAAAAAUCCUACUUAAGUAAAAUUACUAAAGUUUAAGCAGUAAAGUGUGAAAAUAGGAAAGGUAAAAGUAGGCCUAUACUCUGCAGAAAAAUGGAUAAUAUUUUAUCAUUUACUAUUUUUAGAUUGUUAAUACUGCAUCAGUGUGCAAGCAGCAUUUUACUGUUGUUGCUGGUCAAGGUGGAGCUUGUUCUAUUGUUUAUAUAUAGUCAGCUAGUUUAGUCCAGCGGUUCCCAACCUAAGGGUCGGGCCCCUCCAAAGGGUCACCAGAUAAAUCUUAGGGGUUGUGAGAUUAUUUUCUAAUCUUUGAUUUUUGUGUGAAAUGUUGUGUGAAAUGUAUUUAUAUGAAAUCUGAGAAGUUUAGAGGGGAAAUGUCCCUUUGUUGGAACUGCUAACAACAGCUUUUAUGUGAGGGGUCACAUGACAAAAGGUUGAAAAACCUCUGGUUUAAGUUUAUUAUAUGUUUUUGUAUAAAAAAUCUUAAUCUGAAAAGUAACUACAAUAUCUGUCAAGUAAAA